UUAUUUUUGGUUUAACUUUGAUUGAAUCAUGUUGUUCACAGUAUUUUUCUCUUAAUGUGGGUUAGAGAUUUAAAUAAUAGUUCAAGUACUUAUUAUCUACAACUAUAUAUGUGUUUGUUGUACAAUAGAUAUGGCAGAAAAUAAUAAAGUAGAUAUUGGAUUUUUAGAGGAAAAAAACAGCUGGCAAUUACAUCCAAAAUUCUUUCCUAGUAAAGUAGGAGGCAAACCGGCUUGGUUAGAUCUGCAAAAUUUACCCAAUCCUUCUCAGUUAACUUGUAAAAAAUGUAGUGAUCCUCUUAUUUUUCUGUGCCAGAUUUAUGCACCAUAUGAAGAACGGUAUGACACUUUUCAUCGCACAAUAUUUAUUUUCAUAUGCAGAAAUGGAUCUUGUUGUAGGACGAAUAGUUCUGAAAACUUUGUAGUACUUCGUUGUCAACUUGAGAGGAAAAAUGAUUUUUAUGCAUUUGAACCAUAUGAUGAGAACAUAGAAGAGGAAUUUCCCAUGGAUAAAUAUCCUAAACUAUGUGAUGUAUGUGGUGCAAAGGGUCCUUCACACUGUUCUAAGUGUAAGAAAAGCUACUACUGUAGCAGGAAGCAUCAAGUGUUAGAUUGGCAAAAAGGUCAUAAAGGAACAUGUCAACAGCAGGAAACAAUAAAGUUACCUUAUUUCACCGUAACAGAAGCCGGCAAGUCAGUAUUGUUUAAAGAAUGGGACUUGGCUGUGGAUGAAGAAGAUGAGGCAGAAGUUUCUGAUGUUGAUGUAGACAAAGAAAUGGAUAAAUUGAGGAAAAUGAUGGAAGAAAAACGGGCUGGAACUCUUAGUAACAUAAGUGAAGAUGAACUAGAACAAUACUCUGGUAAAGUGCCAGAAGAUAAAGUCUUUAACAAGUUUAACAAAAGGAUAGCGAGACACCCAGAGCAAGUACUAAGAUAUGACAGAGGCGGAACUCCAUUGUGGAUAACAGGAAACACAGAGAAUGUUAUACAAAUACCCAACUGCCAGUUUUGUGAUGGAGAGCGACAAUUUGAAUUUCAAAUAAUGCCACAACUCCUCAAUUUUAUAAAUGUAGGAAUUGAUUUUAACAGCAUUGACUGGGGAAUAUUAGCAAUAUAUACCUGCAAAGCUAGCUGCAAUGCAGGCCCUGCUUAUAAGGAAGAAUACCUGAUAAAACAAGAUUUAAGUAACUAAAAUUGUUUAUUUUACUAUUAAUAUUUAUACACAUCAACAAUAAACUAUCUUUUCAUUA